AUGUCCGGUUGGUCAGAAGAUAUAACUCUUUGUUUCUUAGAAGCAUAUCAAAAUGAGCCAUGCAUUUGGACUUCAAAAGAUAUUAACCACAAAAAUAGGCAGAAGGUCAACGAUGCGUGGACCCGCAUCGGUGUAAUAUUGAAUAAAAAUGUGAAAGAAUUGAAAAUUAAAAAAGAAAUAUUAAUGGCUACAUUCAGGAGACACUUCAAAACGAAACAAGACUCGAUUCGUUCUGGUGCAGGAGCAGACGAUAUCUACAAACCCAUAUGGCUUGCUUAUGAUCUAAUGGAAUCAUUUUUGGGGCCAGUGUAUACAAGCACGAAUAAUAUAAAUACAGAGCGUGUGCGUGCAAGCAAUUUCCGUAAAGCCGAAACGCGAUUAUUGACGGAAUUGGUUACCAAAUAUAAGUACAUAAUCGAAAACAAAAAAACGGACGCCGUGACCAAUAAAGAUAAGGAGGCUGCCUGGGGCAAAAUAGCUUCUUCUUUUAAUGCAACGACUAGUGGUACCGCGACACGUAGCUCUAAAACAUUAAAAUUAAAAUAUGAAGCUAUCAAAAAGGCCACGAAGAAGCAGAUGUCCUGUCACAGGCAGGAACUUUAUCGCACAGGUGGCGGGCCAUCUAAUGCUCCUGAUUUCGAUGACGUGGAGGAGACCCAACAAUUAUUGGCACUGAGAAUGGUGAAGAGGACCCCUCUAAAGAGGAGAUUCUACAAAAAGCCCACCUCAAUUUUGGUCAUAGAUUCAUCAGGAAUUCUAUUACAGCAUUUAAAGUCCUUCUAA